AUGUCCGAAACGUCUAACCCAUCGUUAUUACCACCACCUUAUAAGAUAGUUCUUUUAGGAGAUUCUUCAGUGGGGAAAACAUCUCUCGUACACAGAUUCACAACCAAUAGGUUUGAUAUGCAUACUCCCAAUACUAUUGGUGCAGCAUUUAUAACAAAGGAAUUUUCACCCCACGAGAAUCAUGAGCGUAAAGUGAAACUAGAGAUAUGGGAUACUGCAGGUCAGGAAAGGUACCGUUCAUUAACUCCUAUGUACUAUAGAAAUGCGAGAGUUGCCUUAGUGAGUUUUGAUUUGAGCAAGUUUGAAAGCACUUUCAAUACUGCGAAAUAUUGGAUUCAACAGUUGGAACUCAACAAUUCUUCUGAUUCAAGAGAAAAGAUAGAGAUUCGGUUGAUAGGGACCAAACGAGAUUUGGUGGAAAUAAUAGACGAGAACACAAAAGACCAAAUCAAUAAGUUGAUAACAGAACAGUCCAACGUUGUAAAAUUUCAUGAAACGAGUUCAAAGGAAGGUACAGGUGUUGAAUCUUUGUUUGACGAUAUAGUUAAUGAUAUAGACGAAACAUUUUUCACGCAAUAUUACGAACAGAAUCGUGAUACUUCUGAUCAAAUAGGAAACAUGCUACGUACAAGGCAGACGUCUAACUCAUAUUGCUGCUAA